AUGAAUGCAGUAACAGCUCUACCAAUUGCAGACCCAGCUCUAACACCAGCAGCAAUAUUAUCAACAGCAGGUGCAGCAGCUGAACAACUACCAGGGGAGCCAGACACAGAAGAAAAUGCUGCUGCAGAUGAUAAUAGAAGAAUAGGUGCAGUCGGGAAAAGAAAAGCAGUACUUCCAGCACACCUGAAUGAUUUUUUAUUGACAAGAAUUACAUCCAGUCAUGGAGGGUCAUGUAUAUUUGUUAAAAGUGACAUUGAUUAUUGUAACAUAAAAUGCAUUGAACUGUUAGCUGAAGAGAAAAUUUUUGAAGUAUCCGCAGUUGAACUCUCUGCAUUAAAAUUAAUAAUCAUCUGUAUAUAUAGGAGCCCUGAUGGGAACUUAAAUGAUUUCUGUCACCAACUAGAAGCAGCUUUAAAUACUAUAAAAAACUUCAACAAAACAGUGAUCAUAUGUGGAGAUUUUAAUAUUGAUUUUCAAGAAAUCUCAAAAGACCAGCAAAGCUUGAUGACCCUACUGGAAACAUAUAACAUAAAAGCCACCAUAGACUCUCCUAGAAUAGUUACACCAACAACUAGCUCAACAAUUGAUCAGAUAUUAAUAAACACAUAUGUAAAUCACAAUUUAUGUGCCGGAAAUCUUAAUACUGGCUUCAGUGAUCACUAUGCACAGUUUAUUGCUUUGCACACCCCAAGUGAAACAACUGAGAAAGAGGAACUUGUAAAAGAAGCAAGGAAAUUUACUAACAAACAAAUAAACCUUUUUGUACAGAGACUAAGUGAAGAAACUUGGUAUGAAGUGUAUACCUGUGAAAAUACUAACAAAAAGUUUGAAAAAUUCAUGGAAAUCUUCAUGUCAUACUUUGAAGCUGCAUUUCCAUUAAAAAAGCAAAAAUGUCAGCCUAACUUCAAAAAGAACAAAUGGAUUACAAUAGGUAUUAGAAUAUCUUGUGUAGAGAAAAGAAGAUUACACGAUAUAGCGAAGACACAGAACAUGCCUCAUGAAUUUCAUUUGUACCUGAAGAAUUACAAGAGGAUCCUCAAAAAUGUUGUAAGGAAAGCUAAAACAAUGGCAAAUGACAAAUACAUUGAAAACUCAAAAAACAAAUCUAAAGCUAUAUGGGAAGUUAUAAAAAAUCAAACAACAAGUGAAACUAAACAAUAUAAAAAUGUGAACUUAUGUUAUGAAGGACAAAUGAUUUCUUUCCCAACAGAAAUUGCAGGGACCUUCAACAUAUAUUUUGCAAACGUAAGUGAACAGUUGGUGAGUGGCCUGGAAGAACACAACAAAAUAUCACCUCCAACGUGCAAUAGUGUGAGAAAUGUGUCUACAUCUUUGUUCCUUUCACCCACAAAUUCUGAAGAAAUUUUAUCAGCUAUAAAAACCUUGAAAACAGGCUACUCAUGUGGAAUUGAUGGAAUACCAGAUGCAAUUAUUAAAAAAUGCUGUCUUGCCUUAGCUGAACCCUUGUCACAUUUGUGCAACAGCUCACUGGCAUCAGGAACCUUCCCUUCAUGCUUAAAAAACAACUGUUCAAAAAAGGAAAUCCAGAAUGUGUUUCAAAUUAUUUUCUAA